AUGUCUGUUUUUACAAUUGUUCACCGGGCCAUACCACCCCUCCCCUGGAAACGACGAACAAGUCUAAAAGGCAAAUCCCACCUCAAAGUCCACGAGAUCGAGAUCAGCGAAAAGAACGACAUUCCAGAACCAACCCCUGAGAGCGACUCCGAACCCUCCAUGCACCGUGACGUCUACAAGACCGUGCAGAUAGCGGUGAGGAACGAUGCACGCGAGGACCCCAUCCGAUCCCAAUCAGCACCCCCCACCCCGGAAAAUAAGCCAAACCCAGACUCGGCUUCGGCACCCGAGAGCCGGGCGUCUUCCAGUGCAGCUCCCACACGGGCACAGCUCACCCGUGCUGUCAGUUGGGCGAGUAUUGUCCGCAGUCGGGACCGGUGGACUGUCGAGCAAGAACGGGAGCUGGUGCAUGCCCAGCGACAAUUGGAGAGAUGUCAGAAGGCGUGGAGUUCUGAGCAGGAGGUUUGGUUGGCUUAUGUACGUUCAUUGUUCGUUUCUUUUGGCGCUGCAUGUUUGCUUUUUGUUUCAAUGGAAUUAUUUGAUGCAGUUCAUUUCAAAACCAACCCCGCUUAUACAUGCAAAAUUGGCUAUAUAGAAACUAACGUAAUACUUCUGACUCAGGUCGAAGCCUUAACCGAGGAAAAAGAGUCUCAUACAGAUUUCCUCUCGGCACGUCACAGACAGCAAGGCGAGGAGCAGCAUCAAUUCCGUAAGGCGUGGAGACGUCGACGAUCGUCGGGCGAGGAAGAGGUACAGCAGAAUGCGAUCGAGACCGCGAAUCGAUUGGGGAAGUUACGUCGCUUACAGCGCUAUGGAUAUUCAGGGCAGCGGUUGGGCGCUGGAUCGACGGCUUUGGCGGUUAAGGGGUAA